AUGUCCAACUUCGUCACGCCGGGCCAGCAGCGCUAUCUGCGCGCCUGCAUGGUCUGCUCCAUCGUCAUGACAUAUUCCCGCUUCCGUGACGAAGGCUGCCCCAACUGCGAGGAAUUCCUGCACCUCGCCGGGUCGCAGGACCAGAUCGAGAGCUGCACGUCCCAGGUCUUCGAGGGCGUCAUCACGCUCGCCAACCCGGCCAAGUCGUGGGUGGCGAAAUGGCAGCGCUUGGACGGGUACGUGGCGGGCGUGUACGCCAUCAAGGUCUCGGGCCAGCUGCCGGAUGAGAUCCGGUCCACGCUGGAGGAGGAGUAUCGGAUACAGUACAUUCCGAGAGACGGUACGGAGACGGAGGCGGACGCAUAG